AGCCCUACUAGAACAUUCCAGAAUCCAGGGCAUCAUUAAUGUGGACCACUAUUUUGAUUAUUUUGCUUACAUAUAUAAUGUGAGUCAAAAACACUUGGAAUAAUUGAUGGCAAUGGAAGUGGAGUGCAGAGAAGGAUAUUACGCUGUUCUUGGCGUUAGUUUUUACUCUUAUGAUGAUGAAAUUCGACGUGCUUAUCGUAAACUUGCCAUGCAAUGGCAUCCUGACAAAUGGAAUGCAACCCCUUCUCUAGUUGACAUGGCCAAACAUAAAUUUCAGCAAAUUCAAGAAGCAUAUUCAGUUUUAUCAGAUCGGACAAAGCGAACAUUGUAUGAUGCUAGCUUGUUCGAUGAAGAAGAUGAGGGUUUCUCGGAUUUUGUUCAAGAAAUGAUGUCUCUUGUUGAUGAUGUUAGAGAAGAGGAGAAAAUUACAUAGAGACAGCAUUGAAGAAGUGGAGGGCAUGUUUUGGGAGAUGGCAAAAGCUUAUGAGAUUCCUUAGUGGACUACCAAUUCAUCUACAAAAUCUUAUCAAGCAUUUUUCAACAGAUCUAUUGGGAUGGGCUGUGGCUCGGGCUUUUGAAUCGUUUGCUGCGAAGAGAACUUGGGCUCUCAGAAAUGGGCCUGGAUUUAUGGGCUUUAACAUGUCAAUUCAGUUUAAUGUGAAAUUAAUGAAAGUGUGUUUUGAAAUUA